UACACAUUUUUGUAAUCAUUACGGACGAGGAUGUCCACCAAACUACCAACAGAUUGGCAAUGGUUGUUAUAUGGUAGAACGACAGAGAUUUAACUAUGCAGAAAGCAAAACGUUUUGCAAAACACGAUGUGGCGCACACCUCGCAGAGUUCACCAGCGUAGCCAAGUUUUACGAAGUCAUGUCAUUUUACAAAAAGUUUGUUCCGUUUAUAGAUAUGGAUCUCUAUAUCGGAGCAAUUAAACACAAAGAUAGUAGCAUUUGGUCUUGGGAGGAAACCCAUGCUUAUGUGGCAAAUAAUUUAUGGGUGGAGAGAAAUGAAGCAAGAGGAAGUUGUGUAAUGGCAAGAGGAAAAUACAGACUGGUACCCUAUCAUUUAGAAGAGGGACUGGUUUCCGUAUCAUGUGAUGAGCUCUUCAAUCCUCUUUGUUAUGCUCCAUUACAUUAUUAGACUUAUGUUCUAAUUCGCCAUACUUAA